AAACCUGAAAUGGACACGUAUCAAGUUGUCUAUAAUAAGGAAAGGAAAGGAAAGCACGGGUUGGCGUGUUGACGAAUGGAGUCCAAAACACAGCAACAGUUGGUUUCCUUUGAUGAUGAGUGUCCGACGAAGAUAGAAGCAUUGGCAGAGGAUUGUGUUUCCAAAAUUCUAUCCUACACAUCACCAGCCGACGCAUGCAGAUUCUCCAUGCUCUCUUCAUCCCUCCGCUCCGCCGCUGACUCUGACCUUCUCUGGCGCUCCUUCCUCCCUUCUGAUCACACUCACAUUCUCUCCAGGGCCCUCUCUCCCCUCACCCUCAAUUCCUCUUCUUUCAAACACCUCUUCCACGCUCUUUCCCACCCUCUUCUCCUAGACGCUGGCAACAUCAGCUUCAAAUUAGACAAGUCUUCUGCUCAAAAAUCUUAUAUCCUAUCUGCCAGGGAGCUUUCCAUCACGUGGAGCAAUGACCCCUUGUACUGGUGCUGGAGACCAGCCCCUGAAUCAAGAUUCAAAGAGGUGGUUGAGCUGAGAACGGUGAGUUGGUUAGAGAUUCAAGGAAAAAUCGAGACCAAGAUUCUGACACAAAACACGUCCUAUGGGGCUUAUCUUAUAAUGAAAAUCUCGCAUCGUGAAUACGGGCUUGAUUCGGUGGUGUGCGAUGUAUCGGUCCAAUUGGGAAACAAGGUGCAGAGUGGGAGGGUGUAUUUGUGCAAGAAAUUGGAUGAGAAGAAAGACGAGGGAAUUGGAAUUCCGAGGAGAAGAGAAGAUGGGUGGAUGGAGGUAGAAGUGGGUGAAUUCUUGAGUGGUGAAGGUGAAGAAGUGGUGAAGAUAAGUUUGAUGGAAGUGGGUUAUCGGUUGAAGGGAGGACUUAUCGUGGAAGGCCUUGAAUAGGAGUUGAUCUACGUUUAAGCAAGGUUAGGGAUUUGAAUCAUGCCUUGUGUAUGCAGCUGCGUUAAAUAUUGGGGUCAGUUAUCCCACCCUUUGAGGUGCCUCCAACAUAGCGAGGAGAUUAGUCACUGCUAUCGGCGGUAGAUACUCCAGAGAUGAACAAAAAAAAAAACUUGAAAGCUAGAUUCAAAGUGUUGUAAUAAUCAUCUUCUCAUAACUACCAUAUAAUCAUAUUCAAAACAUAAGAAAGAUAGAAAUUUAAGUGAUACACAUGUUUUGUAUGUAAUUAUACUUUUUUUGUAAAUCUAUUAUUUAUUAUAAACACUCAUUAUUUUGUACUGGUUGUAUAAUGUUUAAGUGAGACGAACACAAUAUUUGUGUAACUUUCAUAAUUAUAAGGUUAUAAGGUUAAACUUAGGGGACUUGUUUAAAAAGAAUACUUGUUUUGAGUUUAGAGGUGUUUAAUUAUAAAGGAAUACUUGGUUGUUAAGUAUGAACAUACUUGUUAUUAAAAGAAUACUUGUAUAAUUGUUUGAAGAGAUAAGUCAAAAAAUACUUAGGAUUGAAUCAGAAGUCACUUAUUGAAAGAAUAUUUAAAGUUGAGUCAGAAGUCACUUGUUGAAAGAACACUUGUAUAUUUAUUUAAAGAUAGUGAAACUUAAUCUAAUUAAUUAAAAAUUGAAUGUAAUCUUGGUGGUUGAGACGAACCAACAUAAAAUCAUACUUAUACCGUAUGGUGGCCGACUUGCCCGAAUACCCGAGGCCGUUGCUUAUGUCGAGUACCCGAACUCGCCGACCACCCCCAGAUGGGGCGAAACGUGUCGGCGGAGUCGGCCGAGUAUGUCGGCAUCAUCAAGAUGGUUACGGAGAGAUUCAUUAACAUAAUGCAUAGGAUUAGACCCCUAAUUUUCCGGGGCCCAGUCCCUAAUUGCGGCCCAAUAAGAACUACUAUAAAUAGGACC